GAAACAAGUACCUUCUUUCGAUGAAUGUCUAAAAGAAUCACUUCAAGUAAUGAAUAUUAUUCAGAUUUUGAGACAAAAACCCCCUUUUGGUUGUCUUUUCUUACUGUAACUUGUUUUUGUAUGAUUUAAUAUUUGUAUUUUUAGAAACUUUCACUUGCUCACCAUGCUCGUGUGGAAUGGAUUAUGGAUAUGAAGAAAAGCAGCUAUCCCUUGUUAAUCAAACAAUGGAUUGUUAUGAUCCUGUCCCAAAAGCAUUUCCAAGAAAAUCUACCUUAAGCAGUGAACAAUAAUUCUUCACCAAUCAACUAGAAUACCAUCUUUUUUUCCCCAUGUUGUGUUUGUGAACUUGCAUGUCAUAUCAUCCCAAUAAGGCUACUUAACCAAGCGUUCUAUUAAAUCUAUUCCCUAAAUUACUUGGGCUGAUGAAACUUAAAAUGACUCAUCAACAACUAGAAAGCCAUCAAAAUUGGAGGUGCAAAAAUCAUACAUAAUACAAUUUGGUACAAUUGGAGAAAGUGCUAUAAAAUGAAGAUCAACCUUGCCCAAUUAGAUAACCAGAUCCCUUUUUUAUGCUGCAUGAAUCUUUUUCCCAACUUGUCUUGGAGUUAAAUUGACCUCUCAGUAAUGUGCUUAUAAAUCAAGAAGGAAACAUCCAUCUAAUCAACUUAUGUGUCUUAUAACCUUUUGACGUUCUAACUCUCGUCAUGAGGAAUAUGGUGUGAUAUCCAAGAAAAAGAGAAAAAGGAGGUAGAAGGGUUGGAAAUGAGGAUUAGGGAGUGAGGCAAAUGGAGAGAAAAAGGGGUGAGGUGGGGAAUUCAAAGGAGGAAAGCCAAGAGAGAUGAAGAGUGGAGAGAGGAAAUAUAAAAUGGCUUAAAUUCAAGUGGUUUAAUUUAUCAUGGGUGUGGAAGUAGAGGUUGGUUAUUAAUCGUGCUUAGUAUAAAUACACAUACAUUUUUUUGAGGUUAUGUGCUAAUGGGACCUUGAGAUAGUAUAAAAAGGUUUAAAGAAGGACAAGACUUUCAACUACCUUUACUUGAGAUCAAUUACAAAAGCUUGCAAAUAAAUAAAUAUCCCAAAAAAAUUUAGUGAUAUCUAUAAAAAGAGACAUAUGGUAAGAUGCAAGUCUCAGAAAAGUUGAAAACAUUGUUUUGGACAAGAGUUCCUCACAAAUCAUGGAGUCCAAAAACCUAUCUGGUGUGCCUUGUGCAGGAAUUCCUUUGUUUAUUUUGCCUAGCCUAAGUUGUACAAUGUGAUAACUGAUUAAAGGGUUAACUUGUCAUUGUUCUCUCACUCUACAUUUGCAAGACCUUUCUUCUUCUUCUUUGCCCCCUCUGGAGGAGGGAGGGACUUUGUGGAGCCCUUUUUCAACAUUUAGUUGAGCCAUUGUUAGUCCCUUUUAACCCCUGGUAUUCUAUAUUUGAGUUGUGCCUUAAAGUUUAGUGGAUGUAUCUUUUAGCACUUGUAGAGAGGGCCCCUAUUGAUGUCAUUUUUAUUUCACUGCUAGAACACAUCUGACUUGAAUUUCUGUGAGGGAAGAAGAGUAGCUGGUCUUCGGAUUGGUGGGGAUGAUUCAGACAUAUUGAACAACAUUAAAACCUGGAAUGCAUAGACUUGACUACCCUUUUUUUUGGGGGAUCACAUAGACUUGACUUUCCUGUUACUCUGCUAUUGCAUAACGAUCUUGAUCCAGAUGGUUUGCUUGUCUAGUUUUAGCCCUAAUGUCAAGUUUAAAAUUUUUAAAGAUGCUUCAUCUUCUGGAUUAGGCAGUUCGAGUUCAACCAAGGCUGCUCAUGUAAUUCCAAACCAUUUCUUGACAGGAAUUCUCCCCUGGAUCUAGUGGCCAAGUGACCACUAUGGGUGUGUAUGUGCGUGAUUUACUUCUUGGACAGGUCAGUCAGCAUAAUAUAUGAAUUGCACAAUGCUCACAUAGCUAUGAAUCUAUGAUGUUUUUCCUAUUCAAAUGCUUUUCUAUUACUCCUCAGUCAGUCAUUGUGACAGUUGGGUAGCGGAAGCAUACUUCAGCAUAACUGCAUUGUUCACCUCUUUUGAAUUUGUUUGGGUCAUGCUUUUCAACUUCCAUAAUAGGUAAUCACUAAACAUGAUAAAUUCAAGUGCUGAAUCUCCUGAUGCUUAAUCUCAGGUUUAGAAAGCACAGUUGAGACCUAGAAAUUUUGAUGAAGUUUUUCUGAUAAAUUUGAUUCUUCUACAUGGCAUUGCUGAAUCUGAUGAUUCCAUCCACUGAAAUUUCUGCUGACAAGUCUCUUGGAUGAACACUGGCUAUUCUAGUCAUGUUGGUUCAAGACUAGUUCAUUAAUAAUUUCUUGUUAGAAAAAGAAAUAUUUUUUCACAGAUUCUCUCUUUAUUUUUUUUAUAGGGUAUGUUAUUUUGUUGACGAAAAGUAUAUCAAUCAUGACCCGGGUUAGCAAUAAAGUUGCCGUCUGUUUUUGGGGUUUAACAGUUCUCUUUAAAAUGGUUUACGACUGUAUAAAUUGAGAAAAACUUUUUUUUCUUGUUUCGUCUUUCUUAAACAAAUACUGGAUAUAGAAACAUUUAUGACUUAAAUUUUCUACAAUUGAUACUUGAUUUUUUGUUUUGGAUAAGUAAAUUUUUUUGAGGAUGACGCUUGAAACAUUUUGAAGAGUGUCUUUGAAAGUACGGUGUCAAAUGUGUUCCCUCAUCAUUUCACUGACUGUCCUGUUUACAACAUCAAACAAGCCCUUAGAAGCCCAAGCUCCAUCAAAGUCUCGAGUUUCAUGUCAGGAACUGACUUGGCGGGACAACAAAAGGAUAUCAUAAUGUCUACAAGUAGAGUCACAAGUGAAAUCAAUCAAGGGGUUGCACACCCUUAGGUUAUCCGGUUUUCUCCUUAUCUUGUAUGUCUGUCCACUUGGCAUACCAAUUCUUUAAGCCUGUGUUUAGUUUAUGGAUUUGAGAAGGGAUUCAGAAAGGGAAAGGGAAAAAAUGUGUAAAAUGUAGUUAUAUUUCAUGCACAUUUCUACAUUUCACCUACCUUUUCUCUUUCUCUACCCAAAUCUAUGAACCAAACACAGCAUAAGGGUCUUCAAGUUUUUUUGGAGUAUAAAAUGUUCCUAAAUUUGUGUAAAUUUCUCACCAGAUGGAACUGGUGAGGAAAAAAAUGGAACUGCCAACAUUUGUGCAUGAGGCACGUGGUAAGCACCAUUCAAGUUUUUACCAUAUUCAGUUGUGCAUUUUUAGAAUCUCGUCUUGAGUCAAUAUCUAAGCCUUGAAGUAUAUAUCCUUCUCAGAAUAACCUGGUUAGAGAGAGAGGAUAACUUCUCCCAAGAAUGAUGGUGAAAACGAUCAACUGAAAGAUUGCCUUGUGUAAUUGCAACAUCAUAUUUUUGCUUAAUUUGUUUAUUGAUUUUUGGUAAACACCGUAUUCUUUUCAUUAAGUUUAUUUUGAUAAUAAUUUUUGUUAGUGAACUUGGUGGACUUAGAUUUCAGGUGACAAGCGGCUUGGACGUCAGUAUUUGGGAAGAAUUGUGUCAUUUAUGAUAACAAAUAAUCACAUAUUGCACCUUUGCCAAUGCAUUAUGAUGUUUUGUCCCUGUGUAAAUUUCAUCUCAUACCAAAUUCUUAUUGCAUCCAGCAUUUUUUAUAACAAUCAACAGGAGGGUAAUAGGGGAUGGAUCGCAGCAAUAAGAAUUGAACCCAGACAUCACGCUAAUGAGAGUUAUCUCAACCACUAGGUCAAUCCUUUGGUCCUACUGCAUCCAACUUAAUUUUUUCUCUUAUAAUUAUGUCAGCUAAAACACUGCCCCUUGAAUAUCGGACUUCUGAAAAAAAAUUCCCCAGUUCAAACUGCCAUAAUAAUUCAUUGGUUUUUUCUUUCUCCCCGUAAAGAAUAAGUCUACCACGAUUCAGGAACUUGUGAUGCGAUCAAGUUUGCCUGUUGCUUUGAGUUGUUUUUAACACAUUCUCUUUACUGAAAUCUAUGUUCUUUACUGAAAUCUAGCAAGCUUACAAGUUAUACUCAGUGGUUGCCCUAAGUAGGUAUAGUUUCAGAUUUGGCUUCACAUCCCAUAUCUGAAAGCCUGCUUUUGUGUGAGAGUAAAGUUUGGGAGCUACAAUUCGAGGUUUUAAGCCAAUAUAUGUGAAAUGAUUUCUAUUUGUGCACCAUAUGAUCGAUAGGCUGAACAUCCUUUUGAUGUUGCUGUCUGGUUUUUAUUUACAAACUUCCAAUCAUACUAGUUUUGUUUGCAGAACUUCUGUUGCAUCUAUUUAGUGGUCGGAUUUAAUAAUUACUGACAUGCUUUUUAGGUUUCAUUACUAAAUAAAUAAUAUGAUUGAUGCCUUUAUUUGCUAUUCAUUCCAUUUCUCAUGAAUUUCCCACAAUUUGAUGCCUUUAUUAUUGUGUUUUGGAUCUAAAGCGGAGCUCUUACAAUCUGGCCUUCUCUUGCAGUACUAUUUUGAUACUCUCUUUCCCCGCAUCCCCGUUCCUGUAAUGCGGCAGAUUGUAUCCAACCUUGAAAAGAUGAAUCUCCCCACUAAACAUUGUGGAGUGACUGGUGAGUCUACCCGUGGAUCUGAUGACACUGCGCGUCGGCCACCAUCUGUAAAAGCUGCCCUUUCAGUCUCUUUUGGUCAACGUGCUCCUCAUCGCGCAUCAACUAGGGAUUCAUCCCCUGUUCGCCGUACAAUGGCACCACCUUCUUAUGAUAGAAAUGGCAAAGAUGAUUAUUCGCGAAGAUCUCCCAGCAACCGUCGCAGCCAGAGUCAUGAUUUGUCUGAUCAAGAUUAUCCAGACCGAGACCAAGACCAAGACCGAGACCGGGAAUGGGACAGGAACAGGGAUAGGGAUAGAGGAAGAGACAGCGACAGAAAGGGAGAUAGAGUUAGGGAGCGAGAAAGGGAUAGGGACAGGGGGCAAGAAAGGGACAGAGAUAGGCGGUAUGAUUAUGAAAGAAGGUCCAGAGAAAGCAGCAGAAGGGAAUACGAUAAGAGCAGCCGUGAUCGUAGAAGCAGGAGCAGGAAUAGGAGCAGAAGUCAAAGCAACCAAAGUCAUAGUGCACAUCCCAAUCAUCAUCCAAGUCCACAUAGAGAUGACAACAAAGAAAAGACUUCUGCAUCUAGCAAUCUGGCAAAGCUUAGAGACUUGUACGGAGACUUGAGCAGUCAGAAAGAGGAUUCUGCGAAAGAUAGGCUGCCUAAUAGGGAUAGUGGUGCGGAAGAGGUUAUCAGGCUUGGAGGUUCUAAGUGGAAGUAAUGCAUGCAUCCAAUUUCUCUUUCAGGGAAGAUCAACUUCUUCCUCCCAAUUGAACAAUUCCAAUUUCUUGUGAGCUCUCUUUCCUCCCAUUAUCAACUUCUCCGAUUUUUCCUUAUGAAGUAGAGACACGAAUUGAAUGAUAUUCACAGAAUCACGUACAGUGCAUCUGCAGUUGGGCUGCAUGUAUAUUUGUUGUUUGUUUAACAUUUUGUAUUUCUCCUAAAUUCAGUGGAUUGUUUUUGAUCAA